AUGGUUAUCUGUUUAUCACGACAACUAAUACUCCAAACUAUUUUGGCAUAUUGUAUAACGGCAUUCUGCCCAGUCCACCAUUCAUGCAUAUGUGAAAGUCAACCUGAUGGUUAUUACCUCGAGUGUGAUGGUUCUACAGAAACAAACUUAUCCGAUAUUAUACAAUCACUAAACGAGCGAUAUGUGCAAAGAUUAACAGUUACUAAUGCUUCUUGGCCGUUGAUCGAGGAAUUGCCAGCAGCUCAUAUACGGUCUCUCCAGUUGAUCUCUUGUGGUAUUAAGAAUAUUAAAAAUACAUCUUUCGCUAAAUUAGCUGAUGAUUUGGAACAUUUAGCAAUUACAUGGAAUUUUCUCACAACUGUACCUGUGCUCGGCUAUCUAUCAAAACUAAUUUCGCUCAAUCUCAAUCACAAUCAGCUAACGGAAUUGCCAGAUAAUGUGUUAAAAGGUGCAGAAAAUCUCCGACAUUUGCGUUUAGAAGGAAACAAAAUUUGCUCACUUUCAAGUAAUGCAAUGUUGGAGAUCAAGAAUAUGCUAGAACUAUUAGAUUUAAGUGACAACUGUAUCGAAAAUAUUCCAGCACAAAAUCUACGAAAUUGUAUGCAGCUCACUUACUUAGAUUUAUCUCACAAUGCUGUCAAUAAGAUCGCAAAUUUCGAAUUAAUGAAUUUACCACUGCUAAAGGAACUACGAUUAAAUAACAAUCAAAUAAGUUAUAUCUCACCAAUGGCGUUCAUGAAUGUUCCACUUUUGGAACAUUUAUAUAUACAGAAUAAUAGAAUUUCUUCUAUAGAAACAGAACGUCUUUUUCAAGUCUUCAAAAACCUUGAAGUUUUGGAUCUAUCUAGCAAUAUGUUUACAAAGAUACCAUCAUUCAAAGAAUUAUCCAAAUUGCGACAGAUUCAUCUCAGUUACAACAGAAUCACACAAAUUGAAACGCUUGCAUUCAGUUCCAAUACAAAACUUCAGCUCAUCAGUUUGCAGAACAACCACAUUUUAUCACUGUCACGGAACAGCUUCGAUUCAUUAGAUGAACUUGUCGUUCUAAAUUUAGCCAACAAUUUCAUUUCCAAAAUCGAACGUGGAAUGUUUGACGGAAUGCAAAAUCUACAACAACUCAAUUUACGAAACAAUUCAAUUACUGUAUUAGAUAAUAUGACCUUCACAUCAGUGUCACAAAUCACAACUUUGGAUCUGGCUCAUAACGGCAUACAAAAAAUCGAAAAAGAUGCUUUCAGAACACUUAAAUAUUUAUUUUGGUUGGAUUUAUCAUCAAACAACAUUAGGACGCUAGAAAUGGGUACUUUCAAUGAAAAAAUUGCCAAUAUUUUACUGAAUGACAAUCCAUUAUACUGCGAUAAAAAAAUGGAUUGGCUGGUGAGUUAUCUGGUAACAAAUCAAGUUCGUACGUUUUUACCUACACAAAAUGAGGUACUUUGUUCUGGACCAGAUAAAUACAAAGGUCGUGACAAACUAAAUAGUGUAAUAUCGUCUGGGGUUUACGGUUUGCUUCCUAUUGUAACACCUACACAGAAACCAAAUUCACUUGAGAUGGUACCAAUUAUUGGUGCUUUCACCGAUGUUAUUCCUUCAAUUCAGAACUUUCCAGGCAUCAAUUACUUGCCUAAAGCAAAGGGAGAACAAAUGCAUGAUGUUCAAAAACUCAAUAGUGCUAUUGAACAACUUUCUGCGCCGCUGAUUCGUGUAGCAACUGGAGAACGAGCAGGACCAGCUGAUAUCGAACAAAUUAUUCAGGCUAUACCAAACUUGGUAAUUAAUGUACCCGGCAUAGGUAAUGUUGACCUAAGUAAGCUUCCGCCCGGUGUAAUAGCACAUGUAUUGAGAGGAGGAAAAAUUCCGGGAUUACCUGCUGAAGUUUUGGAUAGAAUUACGAAGGAAUACUUGAGGCGGAUGCAUGCAGCGGCAGAAGCGGCUAAACAAGGAAAAUUAAGAAAUACUGAGUCACGAUACUUGCCACCACUGGAAACGCUACCACAGGAUCUCGUAACUCAAGUAAUGCAAGGUGGCGAACUACCACAUCUUGACCAAGAACAGACACAAAGCAUCAGAGACUAUUAUACUUCAAAACUGCUCACAAGUAAUAAUUUGAAUGAACUGAAAAACGUAUCAAAAGAGAAAUCAAAAAGUUUAACAUCAAGAAUGAGUAAGGUAGUAAAAAUGCUACCCCCUGGUUACAAUAUCAGCAAAGUACCCAAAGCAGUGAUUGAUACAGUACUUCGUGGUGAGAUACCCGACUUUACAAUUCUUCCUAGUGAACUGCAACAGUACUUUCUCACAAAUGGCCAUCAAUUCAUUUCAGCGCUCUUUACCGAAAAAAAUAAAACCAUCGAGGAAAUACUACAUAAUUUACCAACAUUCGAACGUCCGAUAAAACCAACUUUUGUCCCGUAUGAUAUUAAUGAAGUGAGUAACGACCUUGCCCAUGUUGAACAACGAACAGAGAAAUUGAUCAAGAUUCAAUAUUACACUGCUUUAUUAUUAGGUUUUGUUGGAGCUGCUUCUGUGGCUGUGCUUGGUUUAAUAUGUAUUUACAUGAAACAAAAACGUUUCGCUAACAUGGAUGGAGACAUUGACGAAGAUUCACUAGUAAAUCCAAGUCAAGUGCCUCAACUACAGCAUUCACCUACUAACAGAAUGAAAAUAAAUUCCUCAUUCACAAAAGAACGCAACCUUUCAGAUAUUUCUCAUACAUUUAAAAUUUGA